GCGCAGUCUGGAGACUGAAGCCCGUGGCGCUGCGCUGAAUGCAACUGCGCGCGCCCGCCGGGUGAGCCAGCGAUCUGAGCCAGGCGGGGGCGGCCCGACCUUUCCCGCCCAGCCUGGGUCAGAGGAAGCCGAAAGCGGCCUCAGCAAGGUGAGGCGCCCGAGGCUGCAGAAGACCGAGCAGAACUUUGCAGAGUUCGGGAUGUGCUGGGCUAGGUCGCUGAGGACUUGACUGGCUUCCUCCCUCCUUCCCUCCACCCACCUUCUCCCUCCCCUCCACCAUCCAGUGGGUUCGUUCCGGGCCUCCAGCUAUCAGCUCCCGAUCUUGUGUUUGAGGGUAGCGACCCCGAUUUCUGUUUGCAUGCACAGCCAGCAGCCCUAGCGCCAGAUCCUAAAGCUGGAUAUCUUUUAACUGGGCUACCAGCCCGGGCCUCAAAGUUUUGCGUGAGGGCCGCCAAGCUCAGGCCCCAGCGAAGCCCCGAGCGCCAUGGCCGACCCGCAGGCCGGCUCCGCGGCCGGGGACUGGGAGAUCGAUGUCGAGAGCCUGGAGCUGGAAGAGGACGGCUGCGGGGCGCCGCGGUCAACGCCCCCCGGGCCCAGCCCGCCGCCGGCAGACGGGGACUGCGAAGACGACGAAGACGGCGACGAGGUGGACGAAGACGCGGAAGACGAGGGCGACGGCGAGGAGGCAGGCGCGUCCCCUGGGAUGCCCGGCCGGCCGGAGCAGCAGGGGGGACUGCAGCCGAGGCCGCCGCUCGCGCCUCGGGCCUCACCCGCCGGCACCGGUGCCCCGGAGCGCUGCACUCCUGCGGGCGGCGGCGCGGAGCCGCGCAAGCUGAGCCGCACGCCCAAGUGCGCGCGCUGCCGCAACCACGGCGUGGUGUCCUGCCUGAAGGGCCACAAGCGCUUCUGUCGCUGGCGCGACUGCCAGUGCGCCAACUGCCUGCUGGUGGUGGAGCGGCAGCGCGUCAUGGCCGCCCAGGUGGCGCUCCGGAGGCAGCAGGCCACCGAGGACAAGAAGGGGCUUUCCGGGAAACAGAAUAAUUUCGAGCGCAAAGCUGUGUACCCGAGGCAAGUCAGAGCCCCCAGUUUGCUGGCCAAAAGCAUUUUAGAAGUUCUCCUUGGAUUAUUCUACAGCUAUUAUGUGUACAUAAUGAACCAUCUUUAGAAAAUAAAAGUGACAUCAGCUCUAGGCUAUCGCCCCAUUCCAGCGGAGACUUAUGUAGGAGGGACCUUCCCUCUACCUCCCCCAGUUAGUGACAGGAUGAGGAAAAGAAGAGCCUUUGCUGAUAAAGAGUUGGAGAACAUUAUGCUGGAGAGAGAAUAUAAAGAAAGGGAGAUGUUGGAAACUUCUCAAGCUGCUGCUCUGUUUCUGCCCAACCGCAUGGUGCCUGGACCUGACUACAAUUCCUACAAAAGUGCCUACAGCCCCAGCCCAGUGGAACCACCGAGCAAGGACUUCUGUAAUUUUUUGCCCACCUGCCUUGAUUUAACCAUGCAGUAUUCAGGGUCUGGGAAUAUGGAACUAAUUUCUUCUAAUGUCAGCGUGGCCACAACUUAUAGACAGUAUCCCUUGUCCUCGAGAUUUUUAGUUUGGCCCAAGUGUGGCCCCAUUAGCGACACCCUCCUCUACCAGCAAUGCCUGCUAAAUGCCACCACCUCAGUUCAAGCCCUGAAGCCUGGGACCAGCUGGGACUUGAAGGGAGCACGAGUCCAGGAUGGACUCAGUGCAGAGCAGGACAUGAUGCCAUCGAAAUUGGAAGGCUCCCUGGUGCUGCCUCACACUCCUGAGAUCCAGACCACGAGAAGUGACCUUCAGGGUCAUCAGGCUGUCCCAGAGAGGUCCGCGUUCUCCCCACCCCGACGGAAUUUCUCUCCCAUUGUUGACACGGACUCCCUGGCAGCUCAAGGGCAUGUCUUAACGAAGAUCAGCAAAGAAAACACCAGGCACCCUCUGCCACUUAGACAUAAUCCAUUCCACUCAUUAUUCCAGCAAACACUUACUGACAAAUCGGGUCCUGAGUUGAAAACACCAUUUGUCAAAGAGGCCUUUGAAGAGACCCCUAAGAAACACAGAGAGUGUUUAGUUAAGGACAACCAGAAGUACACAUUUACAAUAGAUACAUGUGCAAAAGACCUUUUUGUAGCCAAACAAGUUGGAACAAAACUCUCGGUGAAUGAACCACUGUCAUUUUCUGUUGAGUCUAUUCUUAAGAGGCCUUCAUCUGCCAUCACUCGUGUCUCUCAGUGAAAGGCUGCUUAAACAGAAAGCUGGAUUUUCUGCAGUCUUAGAGCGUUAUGGCCAUUUGCUACUUUUUUUAAAAGUUAAGAUGUUUGUGUUAAGAAAUUUCUAAUGUAAAGAUGAUGAUUUUGAAAAAUUUUAUAUAUUCCUAAUAUGCAUGUACUUUUUCUUAUCACAUAUAUUUAAACUUACAGAUGGAAAUUGCCCAAUGUGCAAAUUGUUAAGUACCACACUUUACACAGCAUUUCAAAAAGCAAUAAAAUUGACACCGUCUUCUCAAAGACCCAAUAUUUGCCGAAGCAAA